AUGGACACAAAAUCACCCAUAAUCCUCACACUAUUGUUCAUAGUCCCAGCUUUAUCGGCUAACCCACCAAGGCCCGAUUACUGCGACCCGUCAAACGGGCCCGAAGUCCGCUUCCCUUUCCGGCUGGCGGAUCGGGCCCCGGGCCGACGGGGGUACCCGGGCUUCGACCUGUACUGCAACAGCGACAACCAAACAAUCCUCAGACUCCCGGAGUCCGGCGAGUUCUUGGUGGACCACAUCGACUACUCGGCCCAGGCUGUUUUCAUCAACGACCCGGAUUCGUGCCUCCCGGCCCGAAUCCUCAAUUUCAGCCUCUCGGGCUCGCGAUUCAGGGGCGUCUACACCAGGAAUUACACCUUCCUCAACUGCUCGACUGACUACGUGGACUACACGGAGGCCCGAUUCAUGCCCCUGAUGUGCCUCAGCGGGAGGAAUUACACGGUCGUGGCGGCGAGUUCGCGGACGACGGCGGAGGUGCCGCCGACGUGCCGGAGGAUCGCGUCGGUGCUGGUGCCGAUGCGGUGGACGGUGUCGAAUUUCUACUGGUCGUCGAUGGAUCUGAUGGAGGAUCUGGAGCUAGUGUGGAGCGACCCCGAAUGCUGGGGGUGCGAGAAUGAGGGCGGGAUUUGCGGGCUCAAUGGGGAUUCGGGCCUCGACAUUGGAUGCUUCAGGCCCGCAAAAUCACGAGGGCUUCCUAGAGGUGCCAGAUAUGGACUGAUAAUAGGAGUUGGAAUACCCGGUCUAGUGUGCAUAAUUGGGCUAGCAUGUUACGCUUGCGGCAUGCUCCGGAACGUUGCACACCGCCGCCAAUUAAAUUCCGAUCUGCCCGUCACAUUUUCCGAUCAACGGCCCUCGAUUAGGUCGGCUAGCGGUCUAGACCAGCCCACCAUCGAGUCGUACCCCACCAAGGUCUUAGGGGAGAGCCUCCGGCUACCAAAACCGAGCGAUGGCACGUGCCCGAUUUGCCUGUCUGAUUAUCAAGCAAAGGAGACACUGAGAAGUAUACCCGAGUGCAAUCACUACUUUCAUGCAGAUUGCAUAGACGAGUGGCUCAAGCUCAACGGGACUUGCCCCUUGUGUAGGAACUCGCCCGAUAGCACCACUCCUUGCUCGUCUUCAUUGUCGAUAUCUUCUUCUCCUUCUCCCUCUACGACCCCGUCUUCCAAUUUGGAUCAUGAUUAG